GAGAGAGCGCCAAUCCCGCACUCUUUUUAUUUCUGUGCUCUCUCUCUCUUUCUCUCUUUCUCUCUCUCUCUCUCUCCACUUCAUCCCCCGAGCUUCGCUCCGGUAAAGAGCUCUCUCUCUCUCUCUCUCUCUCUAUCUCUCUCUCCUCGCGCUUUCGUAGGAUCCUCGGCGAAUUAGGGUUUCGCAGCGCGUCCCCCCUCCCCCCUCAUCUCGCCCACGUGCAUCUCUUGCUCCGGAUGAUCUAAAUUUGGAUAGUUUUGGGGAGGGGGAAUCGAAGGGGAUCGGAUUGAUCGUCUAGGGUUGAUCUCGGAUGCUUGUUAUCUUGAAUCGAUCGGAGACUUGAUAGCUUUCGCUGGAUCGCUUACGAACUCGAAGAUCGGAUUUGAAUAAGGUCUUGUUGAUCAUUAUCUCUGUUGGGCUUCAAAUCAGUGAGAAUUCUAGAGAUUUCUAUUUUUGGGUUCUUCAUCAUUUGAUGUUAUUAGGAAAAGUGUGAGCUUCUUUAGUUCAUUUAAUAUUGGGCCUUAGAUCUCUUACUAUUUUAUUGCAAUAUUUGAUUUUGGAGUUUAGUGGGAGUCGUUUCCAGUUCCGUAUGUGCCUUUGUUGCUAUGUGGUUGUAGAGGACCAGGUGUUUCUUGAACUCUCUUUUUGAAAUGGUAUCUGGGUACUUUGCGUUUGAUUAGUCGCAGUAACUUCUCUUGAUUCCCAAGUUAUCAUGGUGGAAAUUAAUCACAAUAAUGUGGCGGUGUAAAGGUUUUAUUUUUCACGGGAAAUGAGUUAUCUAAUAGCUUCAGAAUUUUUAGUUGAGUAUGAGAUCAAUCUUCAGUUGCCUAACCGUUGCGUCGAUUGCGUGUGAUUGUUUGUGGCCUUCUUGAGAUUCCUUUGGAAUGGAAACUGGAUUCUUGAGGGCUGGCAAAUCUUGAUGGUGAAAUUGAACUGUGAAAAAUGAAGCGUGCGAGAGAAGAAAGUGAUAACGAAAUGGCGCCAAAUGAUCAGAUUGGUUCGCCAUCAGCCAAUGAAGAUAGCAGCGGCGGCUCAUCGGCAGAUGGUGUCGUGGUUUUAAAGAAGGGACCCUGGACGGCGGACGAGGAUUCUAUUUUGAGCGAGUAUGUUGAGAAGUUCGGCGAGGGAAACUGGAACAACGUGCAGAAGACCACGGGACUGGCUCGAAAUGGUAAAAGCUGCCGUCUUAGAUGGGCAAACCACCUGAGGCCUAACUUAAAGAAAUGCCCCUUUUCACCUGAAGAGGAACAGCUGGUUGCUGAACUACAUGCUCAGAUCGGAAAUAAAUGGGCGCGGAUGGCUACUCAGCUAACAGGGCGCACCGAUAAUGAGAUAAAGAAUUACUGGAACACUAGAAUAAAGAGGCAACAACGUGCUGGUUUACCCCUUUACCCUCCUAAUGUGUGUGCACGAUCAAAGGAAAAUCAGCAAAGUGAAUUCAAUUGUGGUGACAAGCAGCCCCAUGAGCUCUUGCAAGGAAACACAUUCAACAUCAGCGAUAUCACAUUUGAUAACCUCCAUCAUAAUCAAGUGACUUUACCAUAUGUACCAUCUCUUCCCAAUAACUACUUCAAUUCCAUGCUUGAUCAGGCCUAUGAUCCACAAAGAUAUAUCUUUACGAAUUCAAUGAAUACUGUGAAUCAACCGACAGAGUCAGGCAGCUUUUUCCCGGGAUAUAGCAGUGGAAUGUCCUCUGGGUUUCCCUCAUUUAAGGAAUUGUUAAAUGAGCCUGGGAAAAUCCAGCAGACAUUUGGUGUCAGUAACCCUUAUUAUACUGAACCGAGCCGCUACAGGCUUGACUACCGAGAUAGUGCUUUUUUGGGCAGCCAAUCCCAUUUAAAUGGCAACCUCCCUGCUUCUGGGCACAUCACCAGUCCCAUGAAGCCGGAGCUCCCUUCACUCCAAGAUACAGAAACCGAUACCUUUAGCUGUUUGGAAAACCCCACAGCUCCUCCCACACCAUGUGAGCCAACCGAUUCCUAUUUUCAGUACCCUGCAGCAAGUGAAUCGGUGAAAUCCGAAUAUGUAUCAUCUCAGCAUGACGGCCUGUUAGACGCGCUUGUUCAUCAAUCACUAGGAAAGGUCAGCACGAAGAAUCAACUAGAAUCUUUCAAGACUUCACCAACUUCUUCUGUUGCCUCACCCGGUGAUAUGUUUGCUUGUUCGGAGCUUAAUAAUUACCUGGAGAAUUUGGCAGAAUAUAAUGACCCGAUUUCCCCAUUGGGUUUUUCUGCUGCUUCUGUCUUCAAUGUAUCUACACCUCAAAUUAGUGGCGGUUCACUCAAUGAAUUUCCACCCACUGAGGUGCCUUCUGGUUUUGAAACUACACUGCCUGCUGAUCUACAUUUUCCAGACUUAAAAAUGGGUGAGCAAGAUACAUUAUCUCACCCAGGAACUUUAAGGCCAGAUGCAUUACUUGGCUCAUUUUGGCGCCGUACAGAGAGCUCUCAAGGCACAAAUGAGCAAUCCCCUCUGGACGAUGCUAUGGCCAUGCUUCCUGACGAAGAUUUGGGUGAUGAGAACAAAACCAUGCCUUGAGAAAGUAUUAUCCACUUUUACUUGUUCGAGAUUUAUUUCUUAUUUGGCCGAUAAAGAGAAUUCCUCUGUUUCUCUUUUUUGCCAGAUGGUUGUGGACGAGAUUCGUCCUUGUUUGUAUUGUUGGUCACUCUGCCCCUGUUAGGUGUCAGCGAACUAUUUUGAUGUUUCUUUAGGGUCUUGUUAGGCGUAGAGUUGCAAAUUAGUGUUUGUUAUUACUGUCUAAUAAAUCGGCAGAAGAAUGCUCUAUUAUGAUGUUGCAGAAGAUCCGAAACUUCUUCUCUCCUAUGGAACAUUUCGUCCUCUGAGAGCCCUUUGUACUCCUGUCGGAUAUUCAUAAAGAAAAUGUUGGUUUGGUUUGGUUUGCUUUGCUUUGAUCA